AGGGCGUGUUGCACGUUAGGGGCCAAAGCACUGAUCGCAGACUACGUUUAUCUGGAAGCCUUGCGGCGCGCAUGAGCAGAAAAGCUGUGGCUCAUGGGGCGGUAACUGCACUUCCAGAUUUCUGGCGUUGAGGCGGGUUUUCGCACUGUCGAGAAGGCGGUGAGACGCUGCAUUCUGCACUCAGGCGUCAGACCCUUCCGCAGCUGAGCAGAGCGAGGGUGAGCGGCGAGCCAGGCCUCACCAUGGCCGCGAACUAUUCCACUACGAGUAACAGGAGAGAACAUAUCAAAACGACGACCAACCCCCAGCCAGGCUUCUUGGAGCGGCUCAGCGAGACCUCGGGUGGGGUGUUUGUGGGGCUCAUGACCUUCCUGGUCUCCUUCUACUUAAUUUUCACCAAUGAGGGCCACGCACUCAAGACAGCCACCUCCCUGGCCGAGGGGCUCUCCCUCGUGGUGUCCCCUGACAGCAUCCACAGUGUGGCCCCCGAGAAUGAGGGAAGGCUGGUGCACAUCGUUGGGGCCCUGCACACAUCCAAGCUCUUGUCAGAUCCAAACUAUGGGGUCCACCUUCCAGCCGUGAAGCUGCGGCGGCAAGUGGAGAUGUACCAGUGGGUGGAAACGGAGGAGUCCAGGGAGUACACUGAAGACGGGCAGAUGAAGACAGAGACAAGGUACUCCUACAACACUGAAUGGCGGUCCGAAAUUGUCAACAGCAGAAACUUCGACCGAGAGAUUGGCCACAAAAACCCCAGUGCGAUGGCAGUGGAGUCAUUCACGGCAACAGCCCCCUUUGUCCAGAUUGGCAGGUUCUUCCUCUCAGCAGGCCUCAUCGACAAAGUCGACAACUUCAAGCCGCUGAGCCUGUCCAAGCUGGAAGACCCACAUGUGGACAUCAUUCGCCGGGGUGACUAUUUCUACCACAGCGAAAACCCCAAGUAUCCGGAGGUGGGAGACCUGCGCGUGUCCUUUUCCUACGCGGGGCUGAGCGCCGAUGACCCCGACCUGGGCCCGGCUCACGUGGUCACUGUGAUCGCCCGGCAGCGGGGUGACCAGUUGCUCCCCUACUCCACCAAGUCUGGGGACACCUUGCUUCUUCUGCACCACGGGGACUUCUCGGCAGAGGAGGUGUUUCGGAGAGAACAGAAGAGCAACUCCCUGAAGACAUGGGGCCUGCGGGCCGCCGGCUGGAUGGCCAUGUUUAUGGGCCUCAACCUCAUGACUCGGAUCCUCUACACCCUGGUGGACUGGUUCCCUGUCUUCCGAGACCUGGUUGCCAUUGGCCUGAAGGCCUUCGCCUUCUGCGCAGCCACCUCGCUCACCUUGCUGACUGUGGCUGCUGGCUGGCUCUUCUACCGGCCCCUGUGGGCCCUCGGCAUCGGCUGCCUGGCCCUGGUGCCCAUCGUCCUUGCUCGGAUGCGGGUGCCGGCCAAAAAGCUGGAGUGACACGGUCCCCAGCACCCGCCCAAUGCCCGCAUCACCCUCAGGACCCAGCUCACCCUGUCCCUCGUGACCUGCAGCUCGGCCCCACAUGCAUCCACGUCGGUUUUGGAUUCUGCGCCUGCUCAAGGGGCCAGACUCAGCAAAGCGCCGGACAUCAGGUUUGGUGCCGCCAGCUCGCGUUGCCCCCACUGUUUCUCUGACGAGCCGGGAAGGCAGCUCCCGGCUGGCAGCGUGACAGACAUUUGCUUCUCUCGCUUCCUUCCCUUCUCGGGAUGGCGUGCGGCCCCUUCACGUUUCGCUUCGCUCGUGUCUGCAGACACUGAGGUGGGGACACUCCACACAGACCUGCUGCCAUGACACUCUAUGCCCCUCGUCCUUGGAGACAAGUGCCAGGGCUCUGCCCAGCCGCCCCUGCCCAUGAUCCCCUGGGCAGUGCUGCGGUGCUGCAGAUCGGACACGGCCCCUGCAGGGGCCCCAAAACCCAGUCACGGUGAAGACAAGUGAAGACAACUGGGACAUUUGUUGGGCUUUAUUUGUGUGCAUUUGAUGGUUUGGCAGAAACUUCUUAGUGUGUAGGAUUUCCACAGGUCCCGUUUCGUAUGUUUCUCUUUGUAAAAACACACAAUGGCUUGAAUGAUGAGCACUUCAGACUCUUAAGAGAAAAACACCUCUUCAUCUGCCAGUUGGAAGUUAACACAGGGCACAGAGAGGUGUCAGUGGGGACGUGACUCACUGCUUAGGAAAUAGCCCCAUCGGUACUCUGGUCACUGGGGGUCGAAGGUGCUUUCAGAGCCAGCGUCUGCUGGAGUUUGUAGGAGGUGGAGAAAGGCACUGCCGUUUAUUCUCUGGCAUCGGAAACUACCGAUUCACUUAAAGAGGCUGUUGAGCUUUUAGUCCUUUCCUACUACCCUAAGCGGCUCCCUCAUGCCCCUCCCCGUGGCGCCUGGAAGGUUUCACUCACGUUGACCGCUGUCCCGGGCACGCCUCUGGGUGGCUCCUGUUCGCCCACAUCCCCAGCUUCACGAAGUGAGGUCACCCCACACCCCGCACUGUUCCCGUCUCCCAGCUACUCCCCCACCCUCUGAAACAUGUGUGUUGUCACCUUGAUGUCUUAAAGGAUCCUUCAUAUGUCGGUGAUCUUUUUAUUACUUGGAGAUUGCUCCGCCUUGCUGGGAGCGGUCGCUUUAGCAGAUGAGGUGGUGGUUGAGUAUGUGAUCAGAGACUUUGCUCUCAGCGGCCUGGGAGAUCUGCGGUGUGACCUCAGAUUCAGAGGACAGCUGGCCCCAAAGCGGACUUCGCCGGAUUUAAGAAUCCAAACAGUGUUCACUACUGCCUAUUACGUGAGCACAUGUCGAGUCUCCUCUGGAAGGACGCUUUUGGAAAACAGUACAAGUAGACGAAAUCUGUGGGAUUUGGUUUGUGCAGUUUUUUCUAGUACAUAUUUUAAAUCACUGCAAACUUCAAUCGUGUUCUUAUUAAAAAGUAUUUGAAGUCUUUGGGAAAUCAUGAAAUUUGUAUCCUAUUUGUAUUUUUGAUAAAAAUUCAAAUAAAUUUCAUAAUAGCUCUUAUAGGA